CAACCUUCGGAUACGAGUCGGCAACUUCGUGGAUACAUUUCGGUUUCAGUUUCAGCCUCGGCUUCACAUUCAGAUUCAGAUUCACACUCAGGUUCAGGUUUGGCUUGGUCUGCCUUGGGUUGGUCUGGCCAGUUGACGCUCUGACUCCGAACCGAUUGGACGCGUUGGGUUCGAGUUCGAUCCCCGAGGCAAAGUUCUUUUCCGCUUGGGGCUACGCGUGCGCGUCGAACCAAAAGCAAAGCCAAAAGCAAAGCAAGCAAAGGCAGAAGCAAAGCCAAGCCAAGUUAUUGGGCAAAGGCAGGGUAGCAGCAACAACUUGGACGGUCGAAAUUACCGGUUUUAUUUGCCAGCAAUAGCUCUGCCAGCUCUCUGUGAAUUUUUUGCCGCGCGAUUCGAGUACGAAAAGUGCGUUGGCUUUUCCUGGCCCGGCCUGGCCCCCGACCCGCCGCCAGUAUUUGGUUUAUAGAUUCAACGGAAUACCCUACCCCCCUUAUAAAUUAGUCAGAGUGCAACAGUGGAAAUAAAGAGGAAAAGAGUGUGCUUAAAUUGUUUAAAUAAUACAAAAUACAAAAUACAAAAUAAGGUGCAAAAUAGUAAAACACGAGUGCGCGAAUUUAAACGCCAUAUUAUAAAUAUUUAACAAUGCCGCCGUGCCGAGGAUAAAGCGGAUUAUUGGCCACCGACGCGUGGAGAUACAAAAACAGCGAGAGCAAACAUAAAGCCCCUCGCCGCCGGAAUCUCAGAACUCGAAGGAACCUCAGACCGAGCAAGACAAAUGGCCAUUCCCGCUGCACCGCCCACCGAUGAUAAUUGAAUAGGAGCCUUAAUUGCGUUGUGGUUACACACGUACACACACCACCGACACACCCGGGCCACACCCACACACAUCGAAAGCAAUCAGCCCAGCGGUUGAGUCAUGGAGACGAGGGAGCUCCCAAGACGGCCCCUGACUCUCGGGCUGCUCCUGCUCCUCCUGCAGUUGUGCCAGCUGGCCAGUGGCUACCUGAUCGUCGUGCACGAGGACACGCCUCCGGGCACCGUGAUUUUCAACGCCUCCGUCUACAAGCUGGGCUCCGAGCGCCACUACAAGAUCAAUGCCCACAAGUCGGCCAACUUCGUGCACCACCUGGUGUCCGUCAGCCACAAAGAUGGCCAGAUCCAGCUGCGGAAGUCGCUCAAGUGCGACGGCAUCUACUACCCCAAUCUGUUCACCUUCUAUGUGGACUCCACAUCGAACCAGUUGCGCAGCAUAGACUACUACAGCUUGCCCGUGAGGAUAUUCGUCUCGGGGCACAGCUGCAACGAGGACCGGAGGUUGGAGCAGGAACUACACCUCCACCACUACGAGGAGGAGGACAACACAGGAUACUCCAAGCGCCGGAGGAGAAGAUCCACCCAGGAAGUUAUCCAGCUCAAUGGCAACCAGCUGGAGGAGAUGUUCAGCCGGAACAGCACGGAGUUCCGGGCUGGAGAUCUAAUCUUCGGGGACAGCUUCGACAAUGAAAUGCGACACAGGAUUCUGAACCGGAAGAGAAGGUCUCUUCCUUCGGCGGAUCCCCUGCAUCUGCAGCCAGUCUUGCACCGCAGGAUCUCCGACGCCAAGCAGUGGAUAUCGGAGACCUACGCCUCAUACGCCAUUCAUACUACCGACAAGUGGAACCAGAUCUGCCUGCGAAAGUCCCAGCUGGUCAACAGCCUCAACGCCUUCCUGCCCCGUUCCGUCUGCCAGCACUGCCGGGUCAGUUUCCUGGACGUCAACGACGAACGCUUCUCGAUCGAGCACAAGAACCGAGACCUGGUGGCCAGCAGAGAUGUCUGCAUCCCGGAGUCUAUGUGGAAAGUGAGCAUUACCUUCAGCAUCCGUUGCGACCGCCGGGACAUCGUGGACUCGGACCACAGGCUGAAGAUCGUGUACCACCACCAGGAGUUCAAUGACACGGACAUUGCCAAGAGGGUGCGGAGGGAGUUGCGCAAUCAGUCCCCGUACUUCGAACAGGCUCUGUAUGUGGCCUCCGUACUCGAGGAGCAGCCAGCUGGAGCGGCAGUGACAACUGUGCGCGCUCGAGAUCCUGAGGACUCCCCUGUGGUGUAUUCAAUGGUCUCCCUGCUAGACUCACGCUCUCAGUCCCUCUUUAAAGUAGAUUCCAGAACGGGGGUGGUCACCACCUCUGCCAGUCUUGAUCGUGAAUUGAUGGACGUGCACUACUUCCGUGUGGUGGCCACCGACGACAGUUUUCCACCGCGCUCUGGUACCACUACUCUGCAAGUUAAUGUCCUAGACUGCAACGACCAUAGUCCCUCGUUCGAGGCGGAGCAGUUCGAGGCGAGUAUACGGGAGGGAGCAACUGUAGGUUCCACUGUCAUUACCCUAAGAGCCACUGAUCAGGAUAUUGGCAAGAACGCGGAGAUUGAGUAUGGAAUAGAGGCAGUCACGGAUGGUGGCGGCCUGGCUCAGGACCAGGAGCUGCCCAUCUUCCGCAUCGAUUCCCGUUCGGGCGUGAUCUCCACCAGGAGCAGCCUGGACCGUGAGACCUCCGAUAGCUAUCACCUUCUGGUCACAGCAGCGGACAUGGCAUCGGCCCAAAGCGAACGACGCACAGCCACGGCGAGUGUCCUGGUGAAAGUGCUCGACGACAACGACAAUUACCCGCAGUUCAGUGAAAGGACAUACACAGUUCAGGUCCCGGAGGAUCAGUGGGGAGGCAGUGAGGACAACACGGUGGCUCACAUCCGUGCCACGGAUGCUGAUCAGGGCAACAAUGCGGCCAUAAGAUACGCCAUCAUUGGCGGAAACACCCAGUCUCAGUUCUCCAUUGACUCCAUGUCGGGAGACGUGAGUCUCGUGAAGCCUCUGGACUACGAGAGUGUUCGAAGCUAUCGCCUUGUUAUCCGGGCCCAGGAUGGAGGGAGCCCCUCGAGGAGCAACACCACCCAGCUGCUGGUGAACGUGAUCGAUGCGAACGACAAUGCACCCCGAUUCUACACCUCGCAGUUCCAGGAGAGCGUCCUUGAGAACGUUCCCGUCGGCUAUAACAUUAUCCGGGUGCAGGCCUACGACUCGGACGAGGGCGCCAAUGCGGAGAUCACCUACAGCAUAUCGGAGCGGGAUGACAACUUCCCCCUGGCCGUAGAUCCGCGCACUGGAUGGGUUCAGACCAUCAAGCCCCUGGACCGCGAGGAACAGGCCCGCUUUGCCUUCCAGGUGGUGGCCAAGGAUGGUGGAGUGCCACCCAAGUCCGCCAGCUCCUCGGUGGUAAUAACGGUGCAGGAUGUGAACGACAACGAUCCUGCUUUCAACCCCAAGUACUACGAAGCCAAUGUUGGGGAGGACCAACCCCCAGGCACUCCAGUAACGACGGUAACUGCCACCGACCCAGAUGAGGAUUCCCGUCUCCACUACGAGAUCACCACGGGCAACACCAGAGGUCGGUUCGCCAUCACAUCCCAGAAUGGUCGAGGUCUCAUCACCAUUGCCCAAUCCUUGGACUAUAAGCAGGAGAAGCGCUUCGUGCUCACCGUAGCAGCCACCGAUUCCGGCGGUCGAUCCGACACUGCCACCGUGCAUAUCAACAUCACGGAUGCCAACAACUUCGCCCCCAUCUUCGAGAACGCUCCCUAUAGUGCUUCGGUCUUUGAGGAUGCUCCUGUUGGCACUACGGUUUUGGUGGUGUCCGCCACGGAUAGCGACGUGGGGGUGAAUGCGCAGAUCACGUACUCCCUGAACGAGGAGAGCAUCAACGGACUGGGCAGCCCGGAUCCAUUCUCGAUCAACUCACAGACAGGUGCUAUUGUGACCAGUGCCCCGCUGGAUCGGGAGACCACGAGUGGCUACUUGCUCACUGUGACCGCCAAAGAUGGCGGAAACCCCUCGCUGAGCGACACCACCGACGUAGAGAUCGGGGUCACGGACGUGAACGACAAUGCUCCCGCCUUCAAGAGUCCCCUGUACCAAGCAUCUAUUCUGGAGGACGCUCUGGUGGGCACUUCCGUAAUCCAGGUUGCGGCCAGUGAUCCUGAUGUGGGUCUCAACGGACGUAUCAAGUACUUGCUGGGUGACCGUGAUGUGGAGGAUGGCUCUUUUGUAAUUGAUCCCACUUCGGGAACCAUUCGAACGAAUAAGGGAUUGGACAGAGAGAGCGUGGCUGUUUAUCACCUGACGGCUAUUGCCGUGGACAAAGGAUCGCCACCACUGUCUAGUACGGUGGAGGUGCAAAUCCGCUUGGAGGACGUCAACGAUUCGCCCCCCACUUUCCCCUCCGAUAAAAUCACCCUCUACGUUCCCGAAAACUCUCCUGUGGGAUCGGUGGUGGGUGAGAUUCACGCGCACGAUCCCGAUGAAGGAGUUAAUGCAGUGGUCCACUACUCGAUCAUCGGCGGCGAAGACUCCAACGCCUUCUCCUUGGUCACGAGACCAGGAUCCGAAAGAGCCCAACUUCUAACUAUGACGGAGCUGGACUACGAAUCUUCCCGGAAGCGUUUCGAAUUGGUGGUGCGCGCCGCUAGCCCUCCUCUACGAAAUGACGCCCACAUUGAAAUCCUAGUUACAGAUGUGAACGACAACGCCCCUGUGCUGAGGGACUUUCAGGUGAUCUUCAACAACUUCCGGGAUCACUUCCCGAGUGGCGAAAUCGGACGUAUUCCCGCCUUUGACGCGGAUGUGAGCGAUAAGCUGCACUACCGAAUUUUAUCCGGAAACAACGCCAAUCUCUUGCGCUUGAACAGCAGCUCGGGAGGACUUGUGCUGAGUCCUCAGUUGAACACCAAUGUCCCCAAGUUUGCCACGAUGGAGGUAUCCGUGUCCGACGGAAUCAACGAGGCCAAGGCCAUUAUGCAGCUGUCGGUCCGCCUGAUAACCGAGGACAUGCUGUUCAACUCGGUAACUGUGCGCCUGAACGAAAUGACGGAGGAAGCCUUCCUGUCACCACUUCUGAACUUCUUCCUGGAUGGACUAGCUGCUAUAAUUCCAUGCCCGAAGGAGAAUAUCUUUGUGUUCAGCAUCCAAGAUGACACGGAUGUGAGCUCGCGAAUCCUGAAUGUAAGCUUCUCAGCUCGCCGACCUGAUGUUUCCCACGAGGAGUUCUACACCCCGCAGUACCUCCAGGAGAGGGUGUAUCUCAACAGAGCAAUCCUGGCUCGGCUAGCCACUGUGGAGGUCUUGCCCUUCGAUGAUAACCUCUGCGUGCGAGAGCCAUGCCUGAACUUUGAGGAGUGCCUGACGGUUCUGAAAUUUGGUAACGCCUCUGAAUUCAUUCAUAGUGACACGGUUCUGUUCAGACCCAUCUAUCCGGUGAAUACUUUCGCCUGCUCAUGCCCGGAGGGAUUCACGGGCAGCAAGGAGCACUACUUGUGCGACACGGAGGUGGACCUGUGUUACUCCGAUCCAUGCCAAAAUGGAGGCUCGUGCGUGAGACGCGAGGGUGGCUACACCUGUGUUUGUCCCGCCACCCAUACUGGAUCCAGUUGCGAAACUGAAGUGGGUCAGCUGCGACCAUGUCCUUCGGAUACGUGCGAAGGCGGACUGUCCUGCUUGAGCAACUUCCCCAGUUCCCAGCCACCCCCAUACACUGCCUCAUGUGAGCUGAGGGCUCGGUCCUUUGGACGUAACUCUUUCCUUACCUUCGAGAGCCUUAAACAGCGGCAUCGCUUCAACCUCAAGCUUCGGUUUGCCACUGUCCAGGAGAACGGGUUGCUACUCUACAAUGGGCGCUACAAUGAGCUCCACGACUUUGUGGCUCUGGAGAUCCUCGAGGGCCAUGUGAGCUUUUCGUUCUCUCUGGGCGAUCACAGCGAACGAGUGUCCGUGAUACAGGAUUCGAAGGUCUCCGACGGCAAGUGGCACGAGGUGGAGGUGGUCUACUUGAAUCGCAGCGUCACCUUGGUGCUGGAUAAUUGCGACACUGCUAUCGCCCUCUCGGGACGUCUUGGUGACCGGUGGAGCUGCGCCAAUCGCACUACCUUGAAGUUGGACAAAAGAUGCUCGCUACUUACUGAGACAUGCCACCGAUUCCUGGACCUGACAGGACCCUUGCAAGUGGGUGGACUCCCGCGAAUCCCCGCCCACUUCCCAGUGGCUAAUCGGGACUUUGUGGGCUGCAUUUCGGACCUACGCAUCGAUGACCGAUUUGUCGAUCUCAACUCGUACGUGGCGGACAAUGGAACUCUGGCGGGAUGCCCACAGAAGGCGCCACUUUGUCCAUCUGAGCCUUGCUUCAAUGGAGGAACUUGUCGCGAAGGCUGGGGUACAUACUCCUGCGAGUGCCCCGAAGGAUAUGCGGGCAACAACUGCCAGGACAACAUUCCCGCACCGUGGCGCUUCUCCGGUGAUGGCAGCCUCAGCUUUAACCCUCUUCUGCGACCAAUUCAACUGCCCUGGACCACGUCCUUCUCUUUGCGAACUCGGCAGAGGGAGGCCUUCCUGCUGCAAAUCCAGAUCGGCCAGAACAGCUCGGCAGCAGUGUGCCUGCGGCAGGGAGUUCUCUACUACAUCUUUGAUGGCGAGCCGAUGUUCUUGGCCGGCGCCUUCCUCUCGGAUGGGGAGUGGCAUCGCGUGGAGAUCCGCUGGCAGCAGGGCUCCGAGAUUUACUUCUCCGUCGACUAUGGCCAGCGCACGGGCUCAGUUCCCAUGUCCCAGAAGGUCCAGGGCCUCUAUGUGGGAAAAAUAGUCAUGGGCAGUCCGGACGGCAGCAUUGGUACUGUUCCAGAAGCCUCUCCCUUCGAGGGAUGUAUGCAGGAUGUGCGCAUCGGAGCGGGUCAGUCUGUGCUCUCCCGCCCAACUAUCCGAGAGAACGUGGAAGACGGCUGCGAAUCGCGAGCCCAGUGCCCGGACCACUGUCCCGUCCACUCCUCCUGCUCCAGCACUUGGGACCUGGCCUCUUGCGAGUGCGACUCGGGGUACGUGGGCUCCGAAUGUGCCCCCAUCUGCACGGUUCGACCAUGUGCCUCCGGCGUUUGCCGGGCCAAUGUGAGCUUAGCCCGUGGCUAUGGAUGCGAGUGCAACAGCAGCUCCCGGCACGGUGAUUACUGCGAACGGGAACUGCAGCAACCUUGCCCCGGUGGCUGGUGGGGCGAGCGAGUGUGCGGACCCUGUAGGUGCGACCUGGCCCAGGGAUACCACCCGGACUGCAACAAGACCACCGGACAGUGCUACUGCAAAACGAAUCACUACCAGCCGCCCAACGAGACGGCCUGCCUUUCCUGCGAUUGCUACUCCAUUGGAAGCUUCAGUGGAGCAUGUAAUCCGUUAACUGGACAGUGCGAGUGUCGCGAAGGUGUCAUCGGCCGGAGGUGCGACUCUUGCUCGAAUCCCUACGCCGAGGUGACGCUCAGUGGCUGUGAAGUGGUCUACGAUGCCUGUCCACGCUCCUUCGCCGCUGGAGUCUGGUGGCCACGCACAACUUUGGGCGGAGUCGCCAUCGAAGGAUGUCCUUUGCCUGCUCGGGGCAAAGGACAACGCAGCUGUGAUGCGCAGACUGGCAGCUGGAGCCUGCCGGAUAUGUACAACUGCACGUCGGAGCCAUUUGUGGAGCUUCGCCGCCAGCUCUCUCAGCUGGAGAAACUGGAACUCGAACUCAACUCCUUUGUGGCCAUUAAGAUGGCGGAGCAGCUGCGCAAAGCCUGUGAAACGGUGGACCGCAGAGGUUCCAGCAAGGAUAGCAAGGCUCCAGGAUUAGGACGUCCCAACAGGCGCUACAAAAUGGAGUCCUCCUUCCUGCUCAGCAAUGGCGAGAACGUUUGGUCCCACGAGCUCGAGAUGGACUACCUAUCCGACGAACUGAAGUUCAGCCAUGAUCGCCUCUACGGAGCGGACCUGCUUGUGACAGAAGGCCUUCUCCAGGAGCUAAUCAACUACGAGCUGAUGCAAAGCGGCCUCAAUUUAUCCCACAGCCAGGACAAGUACUUUAUCAAGAACUUGGUGGAUGCAGCCAGCGUCAUCCUGGAUCGAAAGUACGAAGCGGAGUGGCGACGAGCUACUGAAUUGAUACAACGCGGACCGGAGGACCUGGUGGACGCUUUCAAUAAAUACCUGGUGGUCCUCGCCAGAUCUCAGCACGACACCUAUACCAGUCCAUUCGAGAUUGUCCAGCCCAACAUGGCCCUUGGCCUGGAUAUUGUGACCACGGAGUCCCUCUUUGGAUACGAGCCGGAACAGCUGAGUGAGUACCACCGGAGCAAGUACCUCAAGCCCAAUGCCUUUACCACGGAAAGUGUGAUCCUGCCAGACACCAGUGGCUUCCUCCAGCACUCGGCUCGCCAGCGACCUGUGAUCAGUUUCCCCAAGUACAACAACUACAUCUUGGAUCGCCGAAAGUUCGACCAGCACACCAAGGUUCUGAUACCGCUCGAGAUGCUGGGCAUCACUCCACCGGAAAGCGACGAAGUUUCGCAGAGCGGCCGCCGAGGAGGUAGCCAUGACCAUCGUGCCAUUGUGGCAUAUGCCCAGUACAAGGAUGUGGGACAGCUUUUGCCGGAUCUGUAUGAUGAUACCAUAACUAGGCGAUGGGGCGUCGAUGUGGAGCUGGCUACUCCCAUUCUGUCGCUGCAGAUUCUGGUGCCUUCGAGGGAUCGGGAACAAGAGACACAGCGAAUGGAGAUUCCCCCGAGAAAGAUCUCCGCCACGUCGUCCUCCUCUUCCUCAACUGGAAGUUCGGAACAGCAGUUCGUGGAGGUCUUCGACGUUCCCAAGGCGCCUACGAGCAGCAGCGAGCAGCAGAUCGAGGACAUUCGGAUCACGGCCCACGAGAUCCCACCACCCCCCGGAAACUCAGGCGAGCAGUUGGAGGCGUCAAGCAAUGAAGAUGGUGAGGUGAGGGAACCCCAUAUUCGCCUGAACCUUGAUGACAUCGAAUUCCAUGGAAACUCUGGCGAGGAGAGCAUAUCACCCGACUCACCCGAAGUCCUCAAUCCAAACUACGAGGGAGUCAGUUCAACAGGAAGCGAUGAGCAGCCAAAGGGCGAGAACGAGGCCGUGUACCGAGAUCGCAGGUUGGUGAAGAGGCAGGUGGAGAUUACCUAUCCCUCCGACCAGACGGAUCAACAAGAGCAGGUGAUCUACCGGUCCCUGGGGUCGCCACACCUUGCCCAACCCAUCAAGCUUCAAAUGUGGCUGGACGUGGAUGCGGCUCGCUUUGGGCCUCGCUCAAAUCCACAGUGUGUCCGCUGGAAUUCCUUCACGAACCAGUGGACCCGCCUGGGCUGCCAAACAGAGAUUCCCGACUUCGAUGGUGACUUCAGCCCGACGGCCCAGCAACCCAUCCUGGUGAACUGCAGCUGCACUCACAUUUCCAGCUACGCCGUGAUCGUGGAUGUAAUCGAUCCAGAGGAUAUCCCAGAACCCUCGCUCCUGGUGCAGAUCACUUCGUAUUCUGCGUUUUUGGUUUCGUUGCCCCUGCUAUUGGGUGUCCUGCUGGCCUUGGCUCUUCUCCGCGGACAACAGACAAACUCGAACACCAUCCACCAGAACAUCGUCCUCUGCGUAUUCUGCGCUGAGCUCCUGUUCUUUGUGGGAAUGCAAUCGCGCCGGCAGCUCCUGGAGAGCGAGUUCCCCUGCAAGCUGACGGCCAUCUGCCUGCACUACUUCUGGCUGGCCGCCUUUGCUUGGACCACGGUAGACUGCGUCCAUCUAUAUCGUAUGCUGACCGAGAUGCGGGACAUCAACCACGGACCCAUGGGCUUCUACUUUGCAAUGGGCUACGGAGCUCCGGCCAUCGUCGUAGGACUCUCGGUGGGAGUGCGGGCUCAUGAGUAUGGAAAUAGCUUGUUCUGCUGGCUUUCCGUUUAUGAGCCCGUGGUUUGGUGGCUUGUGGGCCCUAUAGCGGGCAUGUCCGUGGUGAAUCUCCUGAUCCUGUUCGUGUCGGUGAAGGCCGCCUUCACCCUCAAAGACCACGUUCUCGGCUUUGGAAACCUGCGCACCCUGCUCUGGCUGUCGGUGGUCUCACUGCCCUUGAUGGGCGUGAUGUGGGUGCUGGCCGUGCUUGCCGCCUCGGAGCACUCGCAGCUGCUGAGUCUGCUGCUGUCCGGAGUGGUGCUCCUCCACGCCCUUUUCUGCCUGAUCGGAUACUGCAUCAUCAACAAGCGGGUCAGGGAGAAUCUUCAGCGCACCUGUCUGCGUUGCAUGGGCCGCAAGGUGCCGCUCCUGGACUCCUCUAUGGUGGUUUCCAAUAGCUCCCACAAUGUGAACGGCACAACGCGGCCGAGCAACUUCCUCGCUGGAGGCUACGACACAACCACUCGGAGGAACAUAGGCAUCAGUGCCAGCAGCACCACUUCCAGGAGCACGGCCAAGACGAGCUCGAGUCCCUACAGCGAUGGACAACUGAGACAGACCUCCACGUCCACCUCAAACUACAACUCCGCCAGCGACGCCCCCAGCUUCCUUCGAGGCUUCGAAUCCUCCACAACAGGACGCAGUCGCGGGGGCGAGGAGAAGCCGCGACGCCAAAGAAAGGACUCGGAUUCUGGAUCCGAGACAGAUGGGCGAUCGCUGGAGUUGGCAUCCAGUCACUCCAGUGACGAUGACGAGUCCCGUACGGCAAGGUCCUCUGGCACUCACCGCAGCACCGCCGUGAGUUCAACUCCCGCGUACUUGCCCAACAUCACAGAGCACGUGCAGGCCACCACUCCGCCGGAACUGAAUGUGGUGCAGAGCCCGCAACUGUUUCCGAGUGUUAGCAAGCCCGUUUACGCUCCGAGGUGGUCCAGUCAGCUGCCAGACGCGUACUUGCAAUCACCCCCUAAUAUUGGACGCUGGUCCCAGGACACGGGAUCGGACAACGAGCAUGUUCACGGCCAAGCCAAGAUGACCAUUUCGCCCAACCCCCUGCCCAAUCCUGAUCUCACGGACACCAGCUACCUGCAGCAGCACCACAACAAGAUCAACAUGCCGCCCUCGAUUCUGGAGAACAUCAGGGAUGCCCGCGACGGCUAUGAGGACAGCCUGUACGGACGCCGGGGUGAGUAUCCGGACAAGUACGGCUCCUACAAGCCCCCCAGUCACUACGGCAGCGAGAAGGACUACCCGGGCGGCGGAAGUGGCUCCCAGACCAUUGGCCACAUGAGGAGCUUCCACCCGGAUGCCGCCUAUUUGAGCGACAACAUCUACGACAAGCAAAGGACUCUAGGCAGCGGAUACCUGGGCGCCAAGUCGGAGUCGCCUUACCUGUCCAAGGACCGCAUCACACCCGACAUUUACGGAUCUCGAGAUGGCCACUACAGUCUGAAGAGGCAGCCAGCCUACGCCACGGACUCGUUGCACUCGGUGCACUCCCUGCUGAAGAACGAUUACCAGCAACAGCAGCAGCACCUGCAGCAACAGCAAUUGCAACACCAGCAGCAGCAGCACCAGUUGCAGGACCGCCUCUCUGAGGGCUCGGACAAGAACGGCUACCACUUCCCGUACACCGCCGAGGAGGACCACCUGCCCGCCAGGAAGCUGAGUCACACCCAGCCGCCCUCGCUGCACGGGUCCCAGCUGAUGCAGCCUCCCGGUCUGGGAAUGGUGAACGAUGUGAACAACCCGGGGCUCCUGGCAAGGCACACCCUCAACGGGGGAUCCCGGCACAGUUCCCGGGCCAAUUCACCGCCCUCGAGCAUGGUGGCUCCUAUGCAACCACUUGGGCCACUGGCCAGCAUCACGGAUACUGACUCAGAGUUUGACAUUAUUUGGCUGCAUCGCCGGCAACAGAGGCAACAGUAUCCCUGGUCGCUAACAAUAUGGCGGAAUAUUGAUGACGACGAGACCACGGUGUGACGACAGCCACAAAAGCAGCAGCAACACCUGCGGCUGCAGCAGCAGAAGCAGAAGCACCAGCAGCAGCAGCAGCAGCAACGCAGCAAACACCAAACGCAAUAUUUUGCAACCAUUAGACGAAAACCGCAGUACAGGAUUAAACCGGAAGCGGAAACAGCAUCGAAAAAGCUACCCUAGGCCCAUCUCAACAAACUUGUACAUAACCAACUCAUGCCACUUAUUUCUACGUAAAUACCGCUUAGACUACCAUUACACUCGUACGCGAGCAUAAUUAUUUAUACGCAUUUCUAUAGAAUAUAAUUAAUUUAACUGUGUAACCAGAAUACUCAGCCCGCGCUUUGUGUAUGUAUUAUAAUAUCCGAUAACGUAUGUAUUUGAAACAAAAGUCAGACUGAUUUGAAGCAUUUCUUUUCGAGCAACUCACACGCAAGGGUACUCGUAUUAGGUCCAAUAUCGGAGGGAAUCGAUUCGAACUUUUUCGUUUAGUUAGGGAAUCAGAAAGUAAACAGGGUGUUGAUUGGAUUGGGGGCUUGAUAGAACGCAGUGUGCCUCAGGAGGACAGAGCUUAUUAUGCCAAAUUAGUUGAAGUCGAACUGUAUAACUGGGGAUCCGGGGAGGGAGAGCUGUAAAUGAAAAAUAAUCGGCGAAAGUUUGCAAUUCAUUUGCCUAGCAUCCGCACACGUUGCCAUUUAGUUUGGAAGUUUUGGGGAGGUACAUAGUUUUAAUUUAAUGCAUUUACUAGCCUAGACCGAAUCUCUCGAAUACGCACGUUCGUUUCUAAUGUAAAAUAAACCCUUAAAUGGUCCAGAACCAUUUCAAUU